AUGCUUAUGGAGUUAACCGAUGAUCAAGAACAAAGUGACAGCGGAAUGGAGUCUUUGAGUGCGAGCAAAGAUGAUAGUCCAGAGCGCAGGCCUGAUGAAUUUUUCAUAACCCCCUCACUAGGAUCGUCGCCCAGCGCUGGCACACCUAUCGGUGGGCCUACUGGAGGACAUUUAGCUGGACCACUGAAAGAAUAUGAUGAUGAACCUGACGAAACCUUAUCAGAGAGGUUAUGGGGCCUGACUGAAAUGUUCCCGGAGUGUGUUCGAAGCUGCACUUAUACUUUCACUACAAACACAGUGUCAGGAGUUAAAUCUCUGUAUGGAUUGUCUCGCUCAGUAAUGUGGGUGAUAGCCAGCUCGUCUGUAAUCUUGUUUGCUCCAGUCAUAUUUGAAGUUGAGAGAGCUCAAAUGGCUGAAAUGGAAAAGUCACAACAGAAACAGGUCUUGCUAGGAACCAACACAGCUAUGUCAGGCCCCAUGCCGAACAUGCCACCAAUGCCGCGAUAA